ACCACACUACACCUCUAAAGGGCAGUGUGCUGUAGUAUUGUAUAGAUAUACCAUACUUUCAGGAAGUAAAAUGUUCUAAAUUUUAAUGGAAAUGAUUUAAAACAAUGAAGUUUGUCAUAAUCUUUGUGGUGGCAAUUACUUUGUUCCAAAAGUGUCAUUCCACCUCCACAUUACUCUGGUUGGACGAGUUGACAAAAAGAUAUGCUCAACAAAUCAAUGUUGGUAUGGUUGAAAAUGAAACUUUAUUAAGUCAACUGAAACUGGUUUAUGAAUCCUAUCAUCCUGUUAUUAAAAGAAUUGAACCUUCCAACAUUUUGAAACUUAAGUUAGAAAGUUUACAGGAAAUACUAAAACAAGCUGAAACGACAAUAAUGGAUAUUGCUGCUGAAGGUGAAGAAAUCAAACGCUCGUUCAAUAAUUCAAUACGUCUAACGAAUCAAGACAUCCGCUUCUACAAUAAAGAGUCAAAUGAUUCUGUUUUGUUCAAUGAAUUGGUAAAACAAAACCAAUCAAAGUUUUAUUUCAAUGCGAAAUGUAAUUGUGGUCUACAACUGCCGGAGGGAUAUCUACCUGAAGAUUGCUACCAACCACCAGGUGGCUUUGAAAGAAGUGAGCUAUUCCUUGGACAAAAUGUUUCUUUACAUACGAGUGCUGUUCAUAUCCCGCUUGAAGUUUACAAUGAAGGAUGGCAAGUGUUGAAUGACAUUGCAUGGACGCAAAAUCUUGACAUGAAAUUUAAAGAAAAACUUUGUUCAUCUGGUACUCGGUGGAUGUUCGUUGGAACUAAUACUGGAGUGUUUCGCUACUUUCCAGCCAAGCCGUGGAACACACAAUGUUUGUAUCAUGAUCUCCAUGACGUCACAAAAGUCUCCUGGUUUGUUAAGGGCAUGACCUCUCCAAAGGAUGUUCUAAUUAUGAUAGAUACAAGUGGAAGUAUCAUUGGAAUAACAUUAAGCCUGAUACAAACAUCUGUUAAAAAAUUAAUGUCAACUUUAACAGAAAACGAUUUUUUUAACAUUUUUGUUUUCAAUAACGAACCUAAAUUCUUGCAACCAUCGUGUCCGAACCUCAUGCAAGCAACUCCCAAACAUAAACAGAUGGCAGCGGGAUGGUUAAGUAAUUUAACAGUUCAUAACUCAUCUGCGUUUGAGAAAGGCUUUGAUUUUGCGUUCGAAAUUCUCACCCAAUCAAAUUCUUUAAACACGACACAUCGGCCAAUAAGAGCAGGUUGCAACUCAGCCAUCCUCCUGUUCACUGAUGGUGGGGCAGCUUACCCCAGUCAAGUGUUCAAGAAGUGGAAUCUUGACAAAGAGGUGCGAGUAUUUACAUACUCAGUGGGAAAACCAUUUUCAAGUACAACAACUUUAAAACAAAUGGCGUGCAACAAUCGUGGUGAAUUUACGGCGAUACCUUCAUAUAGCGCCACCAAUCUACAAACAAGAAAAUACCUUUCCAAACUUGGACGUCCACUUGCGUUUAAUCAAAAGAAAACUAAUAAAUGGACUUUACCAUAUAUUGAUCAUAUUGGGAGUAUCGGGUCGGUAAUGACCGUAACAAGGCCAAUAUAUGAAGAUUAUAUUGAUGAUGUCACUGCUGAAAGAAAGUUAGCAGUCUCUGCUAUUGUAGGGACAGAUAUUUUACACGAUGAUGUACAGCAAGCACUUGAUGUAUCAGAGUUUGGAUCAAAUGUUUAUUCAUUUGGAGUUGACAACAAUGGAUUCCUGUUCCAUCACCCAAAGCUAAAACAGGGUCGACUUAAUGAUCCAGUGACAGUGGAUAUUUCAGAUGUUGCCAUAGCGACCAAUAUAACUCAGAUAAGGAAGAAAAUGAUUAAAAGAAUAACAGAAGAUUUCCAUGUGAUUGACAUGUUGGUGUCCAUGGACGGACAACAUAUUAAUAAUGAAGAAUCAAUUUAUUCAAUCUCACCUGUUCAAGAUUCAUUGUUUAGUGGUGGAAUAUCCUUUCCUCUUCGUCAAUUGAAUCAAUUGGAUUCAGGUGCAGUUGUUGAACAACGAAGGAUUACUUUUGAAUCAAUUCUAUUCAAUGAAACAAACAUCAAAAGUUUUGUUUACGGCUUGCAAUGCAUCAAAAUCCCAGCAGAUCAAACCUGUCGUUCAACCAAUCAAAUAACCAAGGUUUCAGCAGAUAUUUUAAUGUCUGAUGUUACCCGAGAGACUUUAUGUGCUGAAGGUGAAGUGAGCAAGUCACGCUUCGAUGAUCUUCUACUUCAUGGUUCAGUGACUCGAAGAUUAGCGAUUUCGUAUUGGAAGAAUCAUUUUACCGAUUCCCAAACUGUGCUGUCUGUGUUCGUUGCUUCGGAUUCACUUCCCUCAGUCAUGCGUGUCAAACAUAUCUCAUCUUCCUAUCACAAGGAAAUCGAAGAACUCCUUUCUGAGCCAACAUCGAAAGAUUUUUUUAAACGUUCGUUACACGUUGAUCCCCCUUUCACCACCUACACAAUCAUGAAACUUGUAACUAUGUCCAUGGAUGAUGUGACAACCACACCUUCAAGCAGCACAGCAGCCGUGUUUAACAUGACCACCCCUUUUACCAUCACACAGACAAAUUCACAACACGUGAUUGUUGCAUCGCAAGCCCUUCGUAUACCAACUACACCACAUAUAGUUCCAGCUGUAACAGGUGCUGUGCUUGACCAUGAACUACUCAAGCAACAACUAUUUAACAUCUCUUCACAACAGUGCAUCGGUCAAAACUGUGAUUGGUCGUAUAACUGUUGGGCACAGGAGAGAAUGUGUGUUGUUCUUGAUGAUGGUGGAUUGUUAAUGAUCACCAAUCAGGAUCAACAUUCAACAAGAGUUGGACAAUUCUUCGGUUUAAUUGAUGGUGACCUAAUGAAAGCACUGGUGCGUGACAGAGUUUACGCUCAAGUUCAAAUAGAUGACCACCAGAUGGUGUGCAAAAGUGAUGCAGUUGAUGGAAAUGCAGCAGCAAGAAAUUAUGUUUUUAUCACCAAUAUACUAAAAAUAUUUAAGUGGUUAGCAUCGAGCAUAUGGUUUGUCUUACAAACCUUUGUAUACAUCACAAUUACAUCUGCAUCAGCACUAACAACGGUUGAGUUCAAUUUCAAUGAAAUUACAACACCAAGUGUUGAAUUGCAGCAUUGCAUAGUUCGAAAAACUAUUUUUCACUUUGGAAAUCAAGUAUUUCCACAGGAGGGGAGUGUUGAGUGCCUAGAACAUUGGAACAGGACCUAUCAAGCUUCAAGGAUUCCAAACUCCAAUUUAAUAAUGGUGGUGGUGGAUACAGGAGCACAAUGCUGUGAUGAAAAUAACUUCUGCUUUCAACCAAUUCAACCUGAAGAACUUCAUUUUGAAGUUCGAGAUGAAAUACCUUGUAGUAAGAACAGGUAUCGAGCUCCACCGAGUGAAUGUUUUGAUGUAAAAAGUCUUCCUGAGAAUCAAGAUACUGAAUGCAGUUCCUGUCAUAUACAACCAAAUGUUGUCAUGCAAUUGAUAUUUAUGCUAUUUCUUGCUUUAAUUCUCAAAUAAUCAUUUUUUUAAACUGUUAAUAAGGGAUGGUAAUAGUUUUAUGUUUUUUUUUAUUUUUUAGCUUCUACUAAAAGCUUAUAAAAGCCUUAACAUGCAGUGUUUUACCACAAUGCAGUACAAUAAGACUGUCUGUAAUUGUCUUCCCUUGUUACCGCUUGAGGAAGCGCUGCUAACACACGAUACACAAAUGUUGGUGCUGGUUUAACGGUGCAAGUAUUACAUCAUAAUCUUAAACCGAUUGUGCCUUUGAUUGCUUUGCACUGUGUUGUAAUAUAAUUACCAUUCUCUGCGGAUAGGUAGGCACUCGAUUCAUAUCAUGUGUUAAAGUUUCACCAUUAAAUGUCGUUUCAACUGCAUGAAAUUUUGCACAAUCUUUUCUGUUAAUAAAAUUAUGCUUUGGAAUGUUAUAACAAUUGUUAGUAGAAUAACAGAUCUUUUUUCGUUGA